GCAGGAUGACCCGCUCCAACAGCGUAACCACGGCCGUGCAGGCCGACCUCGACGACCCAACCGAUGCCCCAGAGCUGCCGCCUCGUCACUGUGCCACCAUGCCACGCCAGCACUCCCGCGACGCUUCCACCUCCACCGUCAGCAUCCAAGGCUCAGGCAACCACUACCAUGCCUGCGCCGGAGACGACUACGGGGAGGUGGGGUUCGACCCAUCUAUCCUGCCCCCUCCGGACCCCUGGAUGGACAGCGUGGCCGAGCCGGAGACGGACGUUUUGGAGGCCGUCGGUCGAUUGGUGUGCCCCCGUGACGGCCGCUGGUUCCUCAAGUUGCUGCAUGCAGAGACGGAGCGCAUGGAGGGCUGGUGUCGACAGAUGGAGCAGGAUGAGAUGGAGAAUGAGCUGUCUGAUGAGACCAGUGUGUUGUUAUGGUUCCAGAAUCCAAACGCACACCCACGGCCCAUCUCCCAGGACCUGGCAGGUUUCUGGGACAUGCUCCAGCUGUCGAUCGAGAACAUCAGCCUGAAGUUUGAUGAACUCCACCAACUUAAAGCCAACAACUGGAAACCUCUGUCACCCCCGGAAAUCCAGGAGAGAAGGAUGCCCCCUCCUGUGCCAAAGAAGCCCCAGAAGGGCCACCCUCACCUGGCUAGGGACCGCUCGCUGGAGAGCAAUGAGCGCCAGCGUCUGGAGGCUCGCAAACGCCUGCUAGCUGCCAAACGUGCUGCGUCGGUUCGGCAGAGCUCCGCCACCGAGAGUGCAGACAGUAUUGAGAUUUAUAUCCCAGAGGCUCAGACCAGACUAUGAGACACACACACACACACACACACUGUCCCAUACACACAAUAGCACUGAAUGGUAAGGCUAGGGUGCUAAUUUUACAUAAUCCUAUUAUUUGCGGACUUCCCAGAUUACUGUGGGGGCGUCAGUCAGGAUGGAGACAAAUGUACAUUUACAAUAUUUAUUUAUUUAUUUAUCUGUUCCCCGUCCUCGUCUCCUCCUCCCAGCCUUGAUGUAGCACUCCCUCUUCCCUCCGUACCUCCGCCCACGCCCUUCACUCCCAAAGAAAUCUCUUUAUGGAUCUCUUUUUUUUCAAAGUGACCUGAUGUUACAGAAGCCAGGUGUAGCACAGCAGAAAUGCUUCACGUCAACGUGUGUCACAGGGAAACAUGGAGGAAGCACGCACGUGCACGCAGAGUGCGUGUGUUUGUACACACAAGCAAACACACACAAGAGAGAACAGACCUAUGAACUCAUAUUUGAUAUAUUUAUUAAGUUAAUUUUAUUGUAGAAUUUUUUACAAAAUCCCAUGAUUCUGAUUCUGAAAACAUAGUUUGGUUUUGUAUAAUGAGGGUAAACAUCAGAGCAGAACAUUGUUGAAAAGAGCUGACAAGGAAAUUAUAGUGACACAGUUCACCAUCUGUCUGAAAAUGGGUCUUUCCGGCGACAGGAGGUCGACCCUGUAGGAAAGGUCAAGGGUCAAGUCGUGUUUUUCCCCUCCAGGUGAGGCGAAGGAGUAGAUUUUGAAGCUCUAGAUUUCACUGUUUAUAAAACACCACAAACCUAAUCAGUGUUUUCGAGCGAGAGACAGAGUCUGCGUGCGUCCGUUCUGAUUCAGAUCUUCAUUUCAAAAAGUGCUUCCUGCUUUUCUGGGGCCGAACGGCCUCGGUUGUGACCCAUUAGGUAGCAGCAUCUACGACCUGUAAACAGACCAUCCUUCCUGUCUCAUUUUAAACUGAGCAACACGUUUGUAUAAAGGACACAGUGUAUAACGACCUGACCUGCAUGCUGACUCAAGGUAACUGAUGUUUCUGUCCUUUUUUUUUUUUUUUACAGGUUUACUUGUUUCUCACGUUGCAUUCGAGCUCUUCGGUGUUGCAGAAGCUAAAAUUACUGAUAUUUGGUACAAUAAUGGUAGUUGUACUAUAUUUUACUAUGUCGUUUUUAAACAAGAGAGAUUUAUCGACAGUAUUUGAGACUAAAGGACUGAAAAGGGACAAGUUCCUCCUCACUGUGUGUGCACUAUCUCUGCCUCCAAAUGAAGCAAUUAUUUCGAGGUCAUAUACAAAAGAAAACCAAUUUCUAAUAUUUUGUAUUCAUGUUUAAUUUAUUGAUUAGUAGAACAAUGACUGUUUAUUGACAUUGUGAUUAUGAUUAUGCACUGACAACAAGGCCCUUAUACUGUGUUUAUGUUUUCUGUGUGUUUAGCAUGACAGGCACCUUUUUAUUUUUGUUUCUGUUUCAGUGAUCAGCCUUAAUUUCUAAUAUGAAAGUUGAGCACAACAUCAGUCUCAGGGGAAGAAAUGAGUGUGCAUGUGUGUUGUGUAUGUGAGACUGUGUGAGACUGAGGAUAGGAGCGUGUGUGACUGACCUCAUGUGACUGUAUGUGUGAACCAUGGCUUUUUUCUCUUACUGUACAUAACCCCAGCCCUGAAGACAGGCCACGUUCUUAAAUAAAGGAAAUAGUCUCCACGCCAUGUUUUUUGAACAUCUGGGCCCUGCUUACUGUCUGCUGCUCGAACACGGAGACAAUCCUGAAUCACAGAAAUGUUCCGACAACAGACUGGCCGCACAUCGAUGUGUUAGUCUGUAUCGAUCCGACAGAGUUUUGUGCCAUUGGAUAAUUAUAGAUAAAAGCUAUAUCCCUGCUAUUUGUCCCUAUUGAACGCAACCUGAAGUUUUUUAUUGAUUUGUUUGUGAAGGAACUCCAGUGAUGAAGUAAACGUACAGUUCGAUUUGUAUUUCCUUGGUAAAUUUUAGAGAGGGUGCAUAAAAGUAAUAGUUCAAACUUAAAUGCCAUAUAAUGUAGAUGAAGAUUUUAGUUUUUUAUUUUGGAACUUGUAUUUGAAUUAAACUGUCAAAUGAUUUCAUUUCUUAUUUAUGUUUUAUUAUAUUAACAUAUCAAUAUAAUGCUCCUGGUAUAGCAGGGGAGUUAGAAACCAGAAUGUUGGAUUGUGGCUAAACUCUAAAGACACUCCAGCAACCCUGGAGCCUGUGAUGUAGUUAUAAUAAAGAGAAAAACAUUCAAAUAAACAUUUGUACAUAAAUGAAUGUUUCCCUAUGUAAAUGUAAGCUAAAAAAAAGAACCCAAUCAAAUGACAUAUUAAGCAGAUAUACAUUUUGUAAUUAAUGUUAUUACACUGUUGAUGUUAUGGCACGUGUAUGAGCUCUUAUCAGCAUUAAAACAUAUAUAUAUAUAUCA